ACAAGAACAUACGAAUCAUUAAUCAUCACAUUACUAUUAAAUUUUAGAUGCAGUUUUCACUUGUCCAAAAAAAGACGGUCAGUACGAAGAUCCUGUACAAUGUGAUAAAUACUAUGAUUGCGAAGAUGGUAUUGCAACAGAAAAGUUAUGCCCAGAUGGACUGGUUUUUGAUCCAUUAAAUCGUAAGAUAAAUAAAUGUGAUCAACCUUUUAAUGUUGAGUGUGGGGAUCGUACAGAAUUACAACCUCCUCAGCCAAAUAAGAAAUGUCCCAGGAAAAAUGGAUUUUUUCCUCACCCAGAUAACUCAAUUUGCGAUGUCUUUUAUAAUUGCAUAGAUGGAGAGUCAGUCGAAAUCACUUGUACAACUGGCUUGCAUUUUGAUGAAUACUCUGGUAUAUGUGUGUGGCCAGAUAGUGCUAAUCGUCAGGGCUGUGGGGCAGUUAAUAAAACUCUUAAAGAUGGUUUUGAGUGUCCAAAAGAGCAACAAAUUGAUGACAGAGGUCAGGUUGUCGAUCAUCCAAAAUAUGCUCAUCCUGAAGAUUGUCAAAAAUUUUACGUUUGCUUAAAUGGAGAUACUCCUCGCGAGCAAGGUUGUAGUGAUGGCACUGUAUACAAUGAAGGUCAGCAAAGAUGUGAUGUACCAGAAAAUGUACCAGGAUGUGAGGAUUGGUACAAAACAGAUGAAAAAAAGGCUUAAAUUGAUUUACACCAACUAUUCACUAUUGGAUGAUAUUUUCCAUGUGUAA